AUGCACUCAGCAUCUGCGUCUGCAGCUGUGACUGUGCUUGCACUCAAGACCUUAUGCUUGACUGCUAAAGGAAUUCGUAUUUGCUUCUUGAAGCCAAAAUAUCUUUCAGGAGUGUGCCUUCAGGAUGGUUUGAAUUCCUUGGUCCUUGAUUUGGAUUUUCCUGCUCUGAGGAAAAAUAAGAAUAUAGAUAAUUUCUUAAUUAGAUAUGAGAAAAUUGUGACAAAAAUUAGAUGCCUACAGAUGAAGGCAGAAGAUUUUGAUGUUGUUAAAGUGAUUGGAAGAGGUGCUUUUGGUGAAGUUCAGUUGUUUUUUAAAUCGAAUUGUUCAGAUUGGGAGCUGAUGAGUCUAAAGGAGCUCAAAAGAAAGGCAACUUUUGUAUAUGCUGCAGAUAAAGAUAAGUGUAAUGAAGAUAAGGACACCAUCAUAGAAGUUCUGAGGAGACAAUUGAAAGAGGCAAAUGGUAGAGCUGAGGACAGUGAAAUUAAAGAGGUGAAAGCUGUGGCAGCCUUAAGAUUGACAGGUAUGGUGCGUUGUGAUACAGCAGUUGGAACACCUGAUUACAUAUCACCUGAAGUUCUGAAGUCACAGGGUGGUGAUGGCUACUAUGGACGAGAGUGUGAUUGGUGGUCUGUAGGUGUUUUCCUUUUUGAGAUGCUGGUUGGAGAUACUCCUUUUUAUGCAGAUUCACUUGUGGGAACAUAUAGUAAAAUUAUGGAUCAUAAAAAUUCAUUAAAUUUCCCAGAAGAUGCAGAAAUAUCCAAGCAUGCAAAGAAUCUCAUAUGUGCCUUCUUGACUGACAGGGAGGUGCGACUUGGGAGAAAUGGGGUAGAAGAAAUCAAACAGCAUUCUUUCUUUAAAAGUGAUCAAUGGAAUUGGGAUAACAUAAGAGAGACUGCAGCUCCAGUAGUACCUGAACUCAGCAGUGACAUAGAUAGCAGCAAUUUUGAUGACAUUGAAGAUGAUAAAGGAGAUGUGGAAACCUUUCCAAUUCCUAAAGCCUUUGUGGGAAACCAGCUGCCUUUCAUAGGUUUUACCUACUAUAGAGAAAAUUUGUUGUUAAGUGAUUCUUCUUCAUCUUGUACAGAAAAUGAUUCAGUACAAUCAAGGAAAAAUGAGCAAUCUGUACAGAUUCAGAAAAAACUAUUCUUAUUAGAAGAACACCUCAACAAUGAGAUACAAGCCAAAGAGGACCUGGACCAGAAGUGCAAAUUGAUAAGCACUCGACUAGAGAAGAUAACAAAAGAACUAGAUGAAGAGGUUACCUCAAGAAAGAAUGUAGAAUCUACAUUAAGACAAUUAGAAAGAGAAAAGGCUCUUCUUCAACACAAAAAUACAGAAUACCAGCGGAAAGCAGAAUAUGAAGCAGACAAAAAACGGAAUCUGGAAAAUGAUGUUAACAGCUUAAAAGAUCAGCUUGAAGAUUUGAAAAAAAGAAAUCAAAACUCUCAGAUAUCUAAUGAAAAAGUCAAUCAGCUUCAGAGACAACUGGAUGAAGCCAAUGCUUUGCUGCGAACUGAAUCUGAUACUGCAGCCAGAUUACGGAAAAACCAGACAGAAAGUUCAAAACAAAUUCAGCAGCUGGAAUCUAAUAAUAGGGAACUACAAGACAAAAACUGCAUACUAGAGAAUGCUAAACUGAAACUUGAAAAGGAUUUCAUCAAUCUUCAGUCAGCUCUAGAAUCUGAAAGGAGAGAUAAAACCCAUGGAUCUGAAGUCAUUAAUGAUUUACAAGGUAGAAUAUCUGGUUUGGAAGAAGAUAUUAAAAAUGGUAAAAUUUCAUUAACAAAAAUGGAGUUAGAGAAGAGACAACUACAAGAGAGAUUUACAGAUUUAGAAAAGGAAAAAAGUAACAUGGAAAUAGAUAUGACAUACAAAUUAAAAGUUAUACAGCAGAGCUUGGAACAAGAAGAAGCAGAACAUAAAACUACAAAAGCACGGUUAGCAGAUAAGAAUAAGAUUUAUGAAUCUAUUGAGGAGGCCAAGUCAGAAGCAAUGAAAGAAAUGGAAAAGAAACUACUAGAGGAAAGAACUUUAAAACAAAAGGUGGAAAACCUUUUGUUGGAAGCUGAAAAAAGAUGUUCGAUGUUAGAUUGUGACCUCAAACAAUCCCAACAGAAAGUCAAUGAACUCUUGAAACAGAAGGACAAACUAAAUGAGGAUGUCAGAAAUUUGACCUUAAAAAUAGAACAAGAAACACAAAAACGCUGCCUCACACAAAAUGACCUGAAGAUGCAAACACAACAAGUCAAUACAUUGAAAAUGUCUGAAAAACAAAUGAAACAAGAAAAUAAUCAUCUCAUGGAAAUCAAAAUGAGUCUGGAAAAGCAAAAUAUUGAGCUUCGCAAAGAAAGGCAAGAUGCAGAUGGACAAAUGAAAGAGCUCCAGGAUCAGCUUGAAGCAGAACAAUAUUUCUCGACUCUCUAUAAAACACAAGUUCGAGAGCUUAAAGAAGAAUGUCAAGAGAAGACUAAACUUUGCAAAGAAAUGCAGCAGAAGAACCAGGAAUUACAGGACGAAAGGGACUCCUUGGCUGCACAACUUGAGAUCACUUUGACAAAAGCUGAUUCAGAGCAGCUAGCCCGUUCUAUUGCUGAAGAACAGUACUCUGAUUUGGAAAAAGAGAAGAUCAUGAAAGAACUGGAAAUUAAAGAGAUGAUGGCUCGACACAAGCAAGAACUUGCAGAAAAAGAUGCUACGAUAGCGUCUCUUGAAGAGGCUAAUAGGACACUAACUAGUGAUGUGGCUAAUCUUGCAAAUGAGAAAGAAGAACUGAAUAAUAAAGUCAAAGAAGUCCAAGAGCAAAUAUCCAGGUUGAAAGAUGAAGAGACAAAUAUAUCAGUUAUUAAAUCACAGUUUGAGAAACAGCUUUUAAAUGAGAGAACACUAAAAACUCAGGCUGUAAAUAAAUUGGCUGAGAUUAUGAAUCGAAAAGAACCUCCCAAGCGUGGUGCUGACACGGAUGUGAGGAGGAAAGAGAAAGAGAACAGAAAACUACAUAUGGAACUUAAAUCAGAACGUGAAAAGUUAACUCAACAGAUGAUCAAAUAUCAAAAAGAACUGAAUGAAAUGCAAGCUCAAAUCGCUGAAGAAAGCCAAAUUCGAAUUGAACUGCAAAUGACCCUGGACAGUAAAGAUAGUGAUAUUGAACAACUUCGAUCGCAGCUCCAAGCCUUACAUAUCGGUUUGGAUAGUUCCAGUAUAGGCAGUGGGCCAGGGGAAGCUGAAGCAGAUGAUGGGUUCCCAGGUACAGAAUCAAGAUUAGAAGGAUGGCUUUCGUUGCCUGUACGAAACAACACUAAGAAGUUUGGAUGGGUUAAAAAGUAUGUGAUUGUAAGCAGUAAGAAGAUUCUUUUCUAUGACAGUGAACAAGAUAAAGAACAGUCUAAUCCUUACAUGGUAUUAGAUAUAGACAAGUUGUUCCAUGUCCGACCAGUCACCCAGACAGAUGUUUAUAGAGCUGAUUCCAAAGAGAUUCCAAGGAUAUUUCAGAUCUUGUAUGCUAAUGAAGGUGAAAGCAAAAAAGAACAAGAAUUUCCCGUGGAACCUGUAGGGGAAAAGUCAAACUGCAUUUGCCACAAAGGACAUGAAUUUAUUCCCACCCUUUAUCAUUUCCCUACUAACUGUGAGGCCUGUAUGAAGCCACUUUGGCAUAUGUUUAAACCUCCACCUGCUCUUGAAUGUCGCCGCUGCCAUAUCAAAUGCCAUAAAGACCAUAUGGACAAAAAGGAGGAAAUCAUAGCACCUUGCAAAGUAUACUAUGACAUUUCAUCGGCAAAGAAUCUGCUGUUAUUAGCUAAUUCUACAGAAGACCAGCAGAAGUGGGUGAGUCGGUUGGUAAAAAAGAUACCUAAAAAGCCUCCAGCACCAGACCCUUUUGCACGGUCAUCUCCUAGAACUUCUAUGAAGGUACAACCCAACCAAUCUAUAAGACGACCAAGUCGACAGCUUCCUCCAAGCAAACCAAGAUUGCUUGAUUUGGCUUUUAAGGACUGGGAUUGGUCAUUUGAUGAUAUUGAUGAUGAUGGUGGUGAUGAUGAUGAUGACGAUGUUUUUGAUUUCUGAAGAAAUGAAUGGG